AUGGGGAAAAUGAUGGAGGGAGAAGGACGGGCCUGCAGAGCCCGUGGGAACGAGGGCCCUGAGGAAGAAGGGGCGAGUCCCGGGGGUCUCCCGGGGAAUUGGCUGCGAGGAGCGGCGGGGGCAGCCCGGGGAGGGCACGAGGGGAGGGGACGGGGGCGAUGCCGCGGCCCCGCUCGCUCCGGGCGCUGCUCGGUACCUGAGGCGCUCCCGGCUCCGCCGUCCGGGACCUGCGGCCCGGAGCCCCCGGCCCGGCCCUUCCCGGGGCCCGCAGCGUGUCGGGGCCCCCGGCCCGGCCCUGGCCCUGCCCGGCCCGGCGGGUCCGGGGGUCCCCGGUGGGGCCCGGAGCGAUCGGGGCCGGGCCGGGCCCGCCGGAGCAGCGACACCGCGACAGCGCCGCGCGGCCGCCAGGGGGCGCCAGGGGGGCGCGACCGCGCCGAGGGGGCGGGGCCGGGUGGGCGGAGCGUGGGCGGGCGUGGUCUGGUGGGCGUGGUCUGGGUAGAGAUGAUGGACGGGGGGGUUUGGGGGUCCCGGGAGGAUUUUGGGGGGGUCUGGGGAAGUUUUCGCAGCCCGGGCUCCAUUCCCUGGCGUGCUCCGGAGCAGGGCGGGACGGCGGGGCUGGAGCGGGCGGCCGAGCCCGGAGCGGCGGCGAGCGGGGCCCGGAGCGCCGGCACAGGGCAGCUGAUGUCCCUGCCGAGCCCCGCAUGGCCCCAGCAGGACGAGCCCUCUCCCUGCGGCACCACCGGGGGCCUCCCCCCGGCCUCGUCCGACAGCGACUCCGGCUGUGCCCUGGAGGAGUACCUGGAGCCCCCCGAGGUGCCGCCGUGCUCGCCCCAGCCGGGCUGUGACCGUGACCGGACGCGGCUCCGCGCCAGAGCGCUCCUGCAGCAGCUGCCCCCCCAGGACUGCGAUGAGCGCUACUGCCCCGGCCUCGCCGAGGAGGAGCGGCGCCAGCUCCGCGCCUUCAGCGCCCGCCGCCGACAGGAGGCUCUGGGACAGGGCCUGGCGUGCCCCGUGCCAGGGCCCUGCCACGGCUGUCCCUGCAGGAAGUGCGGCCGGAGGCUGAACAAAGGCGACCCGGGGGUUUCGGCGUCUCGCCUGGGCGACCAGUUCUGGCACCCGUCCUGCUUCUCCUGCCACUUCUGCCACCAGCAGCUGGUGGAUCUCAUCUACUUCCAGCAGGAUGGGAGGAUCUACUGCGGCCGGCACCACGCCGAGCUCUUCCGACCCCGCUGCGCCUCCUGCGACCAGCUGAUCUUCAUGGAGGAGUGCAUCGAGGCCGAGGGCCGGCGCUGGCACCUGGAGCAUUUCUGCUGCCUGGAGUGCGACGAGCCCCUGCGCGGGCAGCGCUACGUGAUGCGCAGCGGGCGGCCCUGCUGCCGCGGCUGCUUCGAGAGCCUCUUCGCCGAGCCGUGCCAGGCGUGCGGGGACCCCAUCGGUGCGGACAGCGAGCAGGUCACCCACCAAGGGCUGCACUGGCACGCCCGCUCCUCCUGCCUGUGCUGCAGCCUGUGCCGGGCCCCGCUGCGGGGACAGCCGCUCACCUGCCACCGCGGCCGCCUCUUCUGCUCCGGCCCCUGCGCCCGCGGCCAGGACGGCUCCUCCGGCGCCUCCGACUCCUCGGACUCCGCCAUCGCCUCCGCUCCGUCCCCCGAGUGCGCGCCCGCGGCCCGGAGCGGCAGGGACAGGGGGCAAGGGGAUGAGGCGUUCUCGGAGCAGCCCCCCGUGCACCCCGCCUUCAGGAGCCCCCAGGAUCUCGGCGCGGCCCCACGGGAGCGGAGCAGCGACGCUGCCAAGGAGCACCCAGGGGUGCUGGGACCCCCAGCCAGCCACCCCCCAGCCCCCCAGCCCGGCCCAGAGCCCCCCAAGGAGCCCAGAGCCCUUUCGGGGUCCCCUGAACCCCGAAGAGCCGCGGAGCUGCAGGCGGGCACCUCCCGUCCCCGACACGGCGCCCGGGCGGGGCACGGCACAGAGGAGGAGGAGGAGGAGGAGGAAGAGGAGGACUCCUGGUGCCCCACCUGCUCCUCAUCUUCGGACUCAGACUCGGAGGAGGAGGGUUUCUUUUUCGGGAAGCCCAUCCCCAAGCCCGGCAUGAACCCCCUGGGCAGGGAGCCCACGCAGAGGGGCAGGGGCAGGACGGCCAAGCACUGCAGCGUGUGCUGACAGCGGGCUGGGGGUGCCGAGGGGCACUGCCAGCUCCUGCCAGGGCAUCGACGCCUUCCAAUCGCACCCUGGAGGUGCCCGAGGCUGGUGGGAGAGGCUGCUGGGGUCGCUGCCCCCGCAGAGCAGAGCAGAGCAGAGGCUGCCAUUCCUGCCCGGCCCUCCCGCAAUUAGGAACAGGUAAAGCAGGAAGGGAGCGGGGCAGGGCCGGCCCCAGCGCCUCCCACGAGGCGGCAGGUGGGGACAGGGGCAGCUGCCGGCGUCCCCCCAGCGCUGGGGAACGCGGGGUGUCCUGCCCUGGGCUGCUCUGUGCCCCACUGCCACCCCUCUCCAUCCCUGGUGGCACCGUGUCCCCAUGGGGAGGGGACCAGGGACGAAGCUCCAAUAAAAUCUGGCUGAAAUCUGAACUCAGGCUCUGCCCUGUUCCUUCCCAGCCCA